GCGCGGAGCCUCCAAGAUGCCGUUCCACCCGGUGACGGCGGCGUUGAUGUACCGGGGCAUCUACACCGUGCCCAAUCUGCUGUCGGAGCAGCGCCCGGUGGACAUCCCCGAGGACGAGCUGGAGGAAAUCCGAGAGGCCUUCAAGGUGUUCGACCGUGAUGGCAAUGGCUUCAUCUCCAAGCAAGAGCUAGGCACAGCCAUGCGCUCCCUGGGCUACAUGCCCAAUGAGGUGGAGCUGGAGGUUAUCAUCCAGCGACUGGACAUGGAUGGUGAUGGCCAGGUGGACUUUGAGGAGUUUGUGACCCUCCUGGGACCCAAGCUUUCCACCUCUGGGAUUCCAGAGAAGUUCCAUGGCACUGACUUUGACACUGUCUUCUGGAAGUGCGACAUGCAGAAGCUGACAGUGGAUGAGCUGAAGCGGCUCCUUUAUGACACCUUCUGUGAACACCUGUCCAUGAAAGACAUAGAGAACAUAAUCAUGACGGAGGAGGAGAGUCACCUGGGUACAGCUGAGGAGUGCCCCGUGGACGUGGAGACCUGCUCCAACCAGCAGAUCCGCCAGACGUGUGUGCGCAAGAGUCUGAUCUGCGCCUUCGCCAUCGCCUUCAUCAUCAGCGUCAUGCUCAUCGCCGCCAACCAGGUGCUGCGAAGCGGCAUGAAAUAGGCACUACCUGGGUGCCUGCCUGGUACAUGCAGCACCCGGGCCCACUCCACACCCACCACUGCCUGCAGCCCUUACCCCAAGCUGGCUCCCUGGGCCACCACCUUUGGGCACUUCAGGGCCUGGACAUUGAUCACCCCACUCCUCGCCCCCACAGGCCUUGCAUGAAGCUGUGGCUUGGCUGUGGAGGACCUGGUGGUGGCUCUGAGAACAGCCCCAGCCCCUACACCCUGCCUGUGCACUCAUCUGGCCUGUAUGUAGCGUUAACUUCUCGCAACCCAGGAGCUCCUAGGAGAGCAGGGAUUUGCACAGGAGCCCCCAGGAUCCGGCUGCUGCUGUGGUCCCUUAGGCAGGACAGGCUCUCUAUGUCCAAGAGGGACAGCUGCCUGCUCAGGCUCACACAGCCCAGAGCUGUGGGUAGGGUGGAAGCAGUGGAGGCAGAAAGCCCCUUCCUAGAGAAAGGCACUAGGCUGGGACUCCUAGGUCCCUUCCUCUGACCCUCCUCAGACCUGAAGCCAGUCCUUCCACACAUCUGCUGAGGCCUGCACCUGGCCAUUUCACAGGUGAGGAGCCUGAGGCUCUGAGGGCCUGAGAUCCCGCUUCAGAUUCUCCUACCACAGGGAUUUUCAGGAAGGGUAGUAGCUCAUGGAAAAUGGGGCAUUAGAAGUCUUGAGGCCCUUGAUUUGGUGAGCCCUCCACCGAAGGCCCAGCUACUAAGGGCCAUGUUGUCUCCUAACUAUAGCCCAAUUGAGCAGAGCUCUUGUGGCCUGUGUGACUCCCCGGUGGCCAGGGUAGAAUCUUGGGAGGCCCUGGGUCACCCAAGCUGAGGAAUGGGCACAGCCCUGCAGUGUGAAUGCCAUCAGGCCACUCUACCAAGCCCAGGGUCUGUUCUGGGCCUACCGCUUCUCUGUACCCUCAAGGCCGGAGAUCCAGCUCUUGUCCCUGCUCCCCAUGUGCCAUCCUCAAGCUUGGCAACAGCUCAGUCUGGGCAGAUAUGGGGCUACAGUUCUUCGGGGGCCAAGAAGGCUGACAGAAUCCUUGGGCUCCUUUCCCCAGCCUGGGGCCACUUCCCACCCAGGCUGUAGCUACACUGGCGCACCCUGUGCCCAGCUGGGCUGAGCCUCCGCUGAUACCCAAGCAAGAAGGGCUGUAAGCACAGAUCACCCUGGAGGGGAUUUGUCUCAUUCCAGCCCACCUGUCCCCUGACCAGGGCCGGAGGACAAAGCCAAGAACUUGAGUACUGACAAGAGAAGCACAGCCCAACCACCGAGGAC